CAACAGUCAGUAGUUUCACUUUUCCUCCAUGGCUGUUCAAGUGUGACGGUCUCUGAAAGAUACCGAGAAACCGCUGUGAAACAUUUGUAAGAUGGCAGAACCGGGCAGGAUUGUGAGGGUGAGUGGUCUGCCCACAGACAUUGAGGAUGAGAGGCUGAAAGACAAGCUAUUUAUCCACUUCCUGAGAACCAAGAAUGGAGGAGGGGAAAUAGACUCUGUCACCAUUGUCAAGGCAACGCCCGUCUCUGCCCUCAUCACCUUCGAGGACAGUGGAGUGGCACAGAGUGUUAUUCAACACAGGCGGCACAUUCUGGAAGUGGAUGGGAAGAAGUAUAAAGUCACUGUAACUGAGCACCGUGAAACCCUGGACCCAGACAAGGUCAUCUUAAGUUUAUCAGCAACUGUUGACCUCAGCCAGCUUCCAGGGGGAUUAACGGCACUGGCAAGCCUUCAUAAGAGCCACCCUGAUAUCCAGAUGAGUUGCGGUGCUACUGAGGAGUUGUGCACAUUGCAUGGCGCUUAUUCCAAAGUCCAGGCUGCUUUGGCACAACUGUUUAGCCGUCCUGGACCUGGAGGCUCACAACCAGAAGAAAACUCCGGUCAACCUGCCACCAACGGCUCCAAGUCUCCUCCAGUGGCACAGGAGCCUCUUACUCAGGAGUCAGAGGAUCAGAGCAGGAAACCUAAGAAACAAAGAGAACAACGAGAGAAAGUUACCACUGACCGGCCCUCUAAUGAGUACAACUCCAGCUCAUAUAGAGACCUGACACCUGGUGGUUAUGGCUGGGAAGAUACUGGCCAGGCAGAGGGUGCAACUCUGCAACUUCGCGAGCAUCCUACCACAUCAGAAGAGGACUUCUCAAUAAUUGUGGAUGCAGACAUGUUCCAGUAUCUGCAGAAACACUGCAGGAAGGAAUACCAGCAUAUCCUGCAUCAGUAUGGCGUUGAUGUGGUGGAUAUGACAAAUCAGGGGUUGACUACUCUGUUUUUGCAGGUAGCACCAGGAGUAGGGGAGGGUGGUCGAGAUCAGGAGUGCCUGAAGUUGGCAAGAAAGGCAAUAAGUAGGCUUUAUGAGGAGAAUGAGACCAAGAUCCGUCGAGACCAGCUCCCCAAGAGAAUCCUGUCCCUCAGGGGGGGACUGCAAAGGGCGAUGGAGAACUUAAGUGUCAGAUUACCCAAGCUUCUUCUGAAUGAAGAUGAGAAAAAUAUUUACAUUAUUGGGAGCAGUAGUGAUGUGUCUGAGGCCAAACAGUUACUUCUCUUGGACCAAAGUGAAUUGAGGAGUAAAAAAGAGGAUGUAGCCAGUCUUCUUCGAUAUCCUUCAUACGAUUCAGGUGCAUCAACUCAUGCUGAUGAGCAGAGAGUCCCCCUCACCAUGUCGUCCAGUGUAGAUUCUCCAGAUGAUCAGCUGCUGAGGUCAGACGAGGAUGACAGGAGAGCUGAAGGGGCCAGAAGGUAUAAACUAGCUGCUCGUUUUAAGGAUUCAGGGCUGGCUGCAUUAGGCAGUCGACCAACUGACUUCACCUUACGAGGGCUCUCAUCUCCCAGCAGACAAACACGCCUCGGGCCAAUGUUAGGGCAUGACGUACUGUCAGAAACAGCAGGGAUUGCUGGGGAAAGUGUCUCCAGAGCAUUAGCCCAAAACACUGGAGGGGACAUCUUGUUUAAGGGUGGAGAUGCAUUGCCUUCAACUGCUUCUUGCCCGAGUAAAACCUCAUCCAGCUCACAUUUUCCUGAUACUCGACUCAAGAGUUUAAUAUCUCCCCUUAGCACAACUCAGUCCAGUUUGUCAGGAAGUACUCCGCUCCCACCUGCAGGAUCUGGAUCCACCUUGAAGCGAGCCAGUAGUUUCUCAGGGAUGCCUCAGCAGAAGGCCCAAGUCACAAGUAAGAAGAGUCAAGACGACUCCAGCAAUUCCACAGUCAGAGCCAGGGUAAGGUCCUCUAGCUUCAGUAACCGGACAGAGAGGGACAAGCGGGAAGUCUAUAAUGCAGAGAUUAUGGUUUCCGCUGUGAAGUGGAAGCACAUCAAAGAAGCCUACAGCACCCGAGUGGACGACCUGACUUCUGAUGUCCAGAUGAAAGAGAGCUGCCCGGAUAGUGCUGGCAAUCUGACCAUCACCUUAAGAGCGGCAAACUCAUCCAAAGUGAGUUCAUGUCAGUUAGGUCUCCAGAGGCUGGUUGGUUCAGUUAGUGCAGACUUCUCUGUGCACCAGCUACACUUGUCAGAGCUGCACAUCACUGACGCAGCAGAUGAAACCUUACAGGCUUGUCUCUCUGAUGUGCAUAGUCGCUUCAAGAAGGUUACCAUACACAUUUUUAAAAAGAGCUUGUAUCUUCUUGGUCCUGAAGCCUUGUGUUCUAAAGUUGGUGCUGCACUGCGGGAGGUAUUUUCUGGAGAUUUAGCCGAAAUACCUGAACAACAGGACUUCUCUGGCCACACUACCUCCAAUCAAAAUCCAUCCACAUUUUUACAAAUAAACGAGGACCAAAGUACUAGUCUGAACUGUCACAGCAAUCCUCAGGUGAUGCUAGAGAGUCAAACAGGCACAGCUGAUGGGACUGAUAGCAGUCAGGAAAGGAGAACAAACCAGAGAAGUGACUUUGGCGAGACAGAGCUUGUGAAUGGAGCUACCAGCCAACCCUUACUAAGGAAAGACCCAGUCAUUAAAGAGAAAAUGAAAAUUGUAGGUAAAGUGGAGAUGGAUGGACAGAAGACUGAGACAACUGUCAAUCACCCGAAAGCGGGAAAUGAUACAAGCACAAAUCAUGUCAAUGAUGUCGGCUUAACAACAACAACAACCCCUACAGAUAAAGAUGCGGCCCUUCAUAGGAAAGAGAGAACCAUUCCUUCUACCCAAAAGGACAGUGUGCAGCAAAGACAAUCACAGAUCCAGGUCACCCCAGAGGAGUCCAGAUCAGGUCAGGGAGGCCCUGAGUGCAUCUGUGAGUGUGGGGAAAGCAAGAUGUUGAUGAAAGCCAAGUGUGGUGCUACCAUGUGCUCAAAGUGCCUGGACACUGUACAUAUCCACUGCAGAAUUUGUCAUGAGAUGGAGCCAAUGAAACCGGGCAUUAAGGGCAAAAUGAGCCACUGUAAACUCCAUAACAUCAACCUACCAGGUCAGAAAAGAGACUCUGCCAUCAAGAUCACUUACCUCAUACCUGAUGGAAUCCAAGGGGAGGAUCACCCUUCCCCAGGAAAACCAUUUCGUGGAGGCGUGUUUGAAUCCUUCUUCCCCGACAGCGAGAGGACGAGGAAGCUGUUGCCCAGGCUGGAAAAAGCCUUCAAACAGGGACUCACCUUCACAGUGACAGGCAAAGGCACAGGGGCCAGUGUCACCUGGGACUGCAUCCCACAUAAGACCAGCUUACAGGGCGGCAAAACAGGGAACGGUUACCCAGAUUCCACUUAUCUGACUCGCUUGUCUGAGGUCUUGACUUCCAAGGGGAUUGAGGAGCCACCAGCCAAGUCCUAGAAAUAGGACUUUUAUGUAGUUUAAGAUGUUUUUGUGGUUAGAGCCAUUUGCACUAUUUUUGUAUGCUGAGCAGCUUAUAUUUCCAUGUUUGAUAAUAAUGUCUGAUGAUGUACAGAUAUUGAAAUAUAUUUUCAGAUAAUAGCUAUAGCACUCAUUGCAGCUAUUUUGGAUUUUAUCAUUUUAUAACCUGCCUCACCAUUGCUCUCUGUUUAAGUUGGAUGAUUCAAGUUAUAAUUUUUCAAGCUGUAUGUAAAUGACAAAUGUGACCAACCAGCAUUGUCUUAAUUAUUCCAUAAAGCAUUCCUGAAUAUUUUCUUUUGUUUUUACUUGGUUUUAUAAAGAAAAUGCAUACAGGCGUGGUACUGUAUAGAUGUACAUUUUGUACCGUCCAAUGUAGUUUUAAGGAUAAUCUAGUUUAGGAAAAACAGGAAAAUAUUUGUUGGAAAAUUGUUUGAGUAAAAUGAUCUUGUAAAAUUGAGUUUGCUUCUCUUUAUUUGUUUCAGAAUGGGCACAGAAAUAAAAAGAGCACAUCUCCUGA